GUUUCUGGACGGUGAGGAGUCGGUUUGUUUGACAAGAUGCUGACGUCUCCAGUGCUCGGCGCUGGCACAGACAGACCCGUUCCAAUGCAGCUGUGCCAGGAUUGGGAGGAGUUAGGUUCAACUGAUGGUUUACCCAAACUGGAUGACAGCCUGACCAACCUUCACUGGCUACAUCGCUUCGCUCUCCAGGACACUGAGUGCCAACACUCAGCUGUGCCACACCAACCCAGGUCUGUUGUAGCAGCAACACCAGCCUCACUGGCAAUUUCGCAUGAUCCUGAUAAACCCACCCUGACUGGCACACCUUUACCAUCAGAAACCCGUGAGGACAUCAACUAUACCACUGACCCUUACGCCAAGCCCCCGUAUUCCUAUGCUACUCUGAUCUGCCUCGCUAUGAAAUCCAGUAAUCAGAGCAAGGUGACACUGUCCACUAUCUAUUCCUGGAUCAAAUACAAUUUCUGCUACUACAGGCACGCUGAGCCAAGCUGGCAG